CACUUUCCUGUUUGUCUCUCCUUUUCUAAAUACACCUCGAAAGUGUACAAUUCCCCCCGACCGCUCGUUUCACCAUCAAUCCAAAUUUUAUUCUCAAAAUCAGGUUCAUGCCGUUGGUUUUUUUUUCUUCUUCUCAUCCCAGAUAAAUGAUCGACAUACCAGACAGCCCCAAAACGCCAACUACAACCAACUAUAACGAAAAUGCUCUUCAGCAGCUUCAAGAUAGAAUUUCUAUGCGCACACGUGCCCUUAAUGACGCUCAUUCUGAGUCUAACAAAUCUAUUCUUCAAAACCAAUAUAAACAACUUAAGGAGCACUACAGGCUGGCUAGUGAUAACACAGAUACCACUGAACGAGAGUCGCAAACUGUCAGAGAAACCACAGAGCACAAGUUGUACGAUCUCAUACGUCAAAAAUCAGAGCUGAAAGCGCAAUGCAGAAAAUCUGAAUUUUCUCCAAAGGCUUAUCCACCACGUAUGACAUGCUCUAACUCUACGCCAGUUUCGGGUCGUAUCACUAGCAUAUGCUCACCGACAGACAAUUUCCCCCUGCCUACAACUUGCUCAAUUCCCGCUAGUCCAUCAUCCCCUCAAAGGCGGCGAAUAAAAUCUCCAACACCCGACGAUAUACAUACUGAUAUUGACUUCGCUACAGAAAUAGGCCAAGGCUUGCUUCUUGAGGUUCGCAAGAUGCACAAUAUGGUCCAAGAGAAAAACGAAGCCAUAAAAGCGAUGGAUUUUGCCAAAACUAACGAUGAAGCAAGGAUUUCUACUUUAGAAAAAAGACUAAAGAUGAAAGAGGAUGCUGAAGAACGAUUGAAAGAUCAGUGUUGGGACUUGGAGGUGUCCAAGCAGGAGUUGAUAGCUCAGGUCACUGAGCUGCAGCAAAAAUUAGCACGAAAAACGGUCGAUCAUACCCGAGUAGCGAAUAGAUUGAAUGCCCUGACCGAAGAAAGCGAGGCACUUCGAAACAAAAAUGAACAGCAAUCAGAAGCCAUGAAAUCGAUGCAGAAAAAGAUGAAUGAUUCACCAUCGUCUCGACAAAAUCAAUCACCCUUGCGUGACUCACAUGUACACCAUUCCAGAUCGUCAUUGUUACCCGUCCCAGUCAAAUUAGAUUCCAUCCAAAGCGCUAGCAUAACAUCCAUUACCACAUCUGUAGCAGAAUCAGAGGCAAGCGAUACGCCAAAGCAAACCAAAUCAAGUCCCACCGCACAGACGACAUCGGCUGCAACAGGAAAAACUGUUGAGGUCGACGCUUUGAAGCAUUCAUUGGCACAUUCACAUAGAACUAUUGCUCAACUUCGAGCCAUGUUACAUAUGGAACGGACUGAGAAAAACGAAACAAAAAAGCUUUUGAGCGAAUCUCAGGAAACCAUCGAAAAAAUGCGCCGUAAUAGAAAUGCUUGGAAUGACGAGGAGCCGUCGGUACAAUUGAAUACUCCCAAGAUCAAAAUGGUUCCAUCCAAACGUCGAGGAGCGGCAAGAUAUGCUAGUGGUCUCGUGAGAGGUUCAGAAGUUGAUCAUCAUUGUGAGUUGGAGCCUAGUCAUGCCGAGGAGGAUAUUCAAUCAAUGGACGAAUCAUGCGAUGAAACUGAUGACCUGCAGCGACAUGAUGAAGUGCAGUCUCAUGAAGAUCAGUGUUCCCUCACUCUAGCAACUAGUGAAAGCCAAAUUAUCAAGCCACGUAAGAUGCGUUCCCUUGGCGAAGAGCUACAGCUAGCGACAUUUAGUAUCGAGCCAAUAAUGACGGACAGCCCGGAAAGUGGUGAAAUGGAAGAAGAUGGCAAAGAUCAAGUACAAGACUCAUUCAUCGUGGCUGAAGGAGGCCAGCUCAAGGCUCAGGUCGCAUAUCAUGCGAAGAGGACUUCACCCAAGCGACGAAAUAUUGAUAGUAGCAAAGAGUGCAGUCUCCGUCGGUCGCCCAAAUUACGAGAUUUAACAAAUAAUCCGGCACCACAUGCCGCUGGAAGAAUGACAGAGAUACCUACUCUAAAGCCUACUAUGAGCGACUCUACCGUUAGGACGUUACAAGAAACUAUUGUAAUGAGGCCAUCUUUUAGUGAACCUAGAGUGCCAGUUCUCAUACAAACCCACCUACCAUCUACUACCAAUCUUGGAGAGAUUAGUAUCAAAAAGGAUGAGGAAAAUCAGAAGACUUUGAGUUCAAUUUGCACGCAGACUGAUGAGAACACAAAGUCUGAUGUGAGUGAUACUCUUAACUCUCAGAAGAGAAACUCUCGAUUAUUGCGCAAGUCAAACGAAUCGCAGCGAAGUGCAUCGAGUGUUAUAUCAAUCCAUUGGCGAUCAUCAAUAGCAGGGGAUAUGGCUUCUUCUCGAUUGGACUAUAGCACCGGAGGUUUGACCCUCCUAACGCAAACCAUGAUUGGGGAUUGGAUGUGGAAAUACACCCGGAAAACUGUUGGUAACGGCUAUUCUGAGAAGCCUCACAAGCGGUUUUGCUGGAUACAUCCAUAUACCCGUACCUUAUACUGGAGUACUGUUGAGCCGGGAAUUGGCGAGGCUGAGUCAAGGGCAAAGAGUGCAUUUAUUGAGUCCGUCGUGACGGCCAUGGACGAAGGUGAUGCGUUGUCUCGAGACAUGCCUAAAGCAAGCAUUAUUAUCAAAACAUCUUCACGGGAGCUGAAACUCAAGGCUAGAGAUGACAUAAGACAUACUGUGUGGUUUGAGGCACUGAAAUACUUACUUCUUCGAACGUCCCCGGCAUCGACAUAUGACAUUCCAAUGUUAUCGAGCGCCAGCAACCAGAGACGCAGUGAAGUACUUUCAUCGACUAUCAGCCAAGCAACACUGCUUAGAAAGCAGGGUGGUCAUGGCAAGAUCCCAAAUUUCACUGAAAAAUCCGAAAUGUCUUCCCUGGAAACAAAUCAAGCUCCCUUUUCGUCAUUAUCGACAUUAUUUCACCGUUCCACCCCAUCUGACGGAGCUCCCACGGCCGCAACUACGACAACAGCAUCAAAGCAGCAGCAAACAUUAUCGCAUCGUGUGUCUAUGCGUCUCCGGCCGCUGAGCACAGUUUCCACUUCUCUCAGCCUUCGCCGGCGCCAGAGUCUCGCUAUCACACAUAACCCUUAGCCAAUGAACCAAAAAGUAAACAUCAACAUUUGUCCAAGUUCUAGUACAUGUAAGAGAGUACUGUGAU